GCCAGCCGAACCCGCGGCACCCCCAGGCGCUGCGAACCCCCGAGCCGGCGCCGCGAUGAAGAGGACCCGCGAGGAGGUGGACGCGACGCUGCAGAUCGCCAAGCUGAACGCGGCCGAGCUGCUGCCCACCGUGCACUGCCUGCGCUUCGGCCCCGGGGCCAGCGGCGCGGCGGCCGGCGACUUCUGCCUGCUGGAGCUGGAGCCCGCGCUGUGCCAGCAGCUGGAAGAGGGACACAGUCUUGUGAUUCGUGGUGAUAAGGACGAGCAAGCUGUACUGUGCAGUAAAGACAAAACCUAUGACUUGAAAAUAGCGGACACCUCCAACAUGUUGCUUUUCAUUCCUGACUGUAAGACUCCAGACCAGCUAAAGAAGGAAGAAGCACCCUGUGACAUUACUUACACCGAGAUCUUUGGUUUUUCCAAUAAUUAUUGGGAAUUAAGAAGAUGUAGACCUAAAUUAAAGAAGCUAAAGAAACUUUUGAUGGAACAUACCUAUGAAGGACCUGAUAGUCAAAAAGAAAAGGAUUCUACUUGCUCAAAAUAUACAACUGAAGAUUUGCUUAAUCAAAUUCAGGCAAGUGAGGAGGAAAUAAUGACCCAAUUGCAAGUUCUGAACGCCUGUGAGAUUGGAGGUUAUUGGAGGAUUCUUGAAUUUGAUUAUGAGAUGAAACUUCUGAAUCACGUAACUCAGCUUGUGGAUUCUGAAUCAUGGUCUUUUAGUAAAGUUCCUUUGAAUAUAUGCCUUCAGGAACUUGGACCAUUGGAGCCAGAGGAAAUGAUAGAACACUGCCUUAAAUGUUAUGGGACGAAGUAUGUAGAGGAAGGUGAAGUUUAUUUUGAACUGAAUGCUGAUAAAAUAUGCAGAGCAACGGCGCAGAUGCUGCUCCAGAAUGCCGUGAAAUUCAAUCUCGCUGAGUUUCAAGAAGUUUGGCAGCAGAGUGUUCCUGAAGGAAUGAUAACCAGGCUUGAUCAGCUUAAGGGUGUAGCACUGGUGGAUAGACGCUCCAGACCAGAAGUCAUUUUUUUGCUCAAAGUAGAUGAUUUACCUGAAGAUAAUCAGGGACGUUUUAAUAGUUUAUUCUCUCUAAGGGAGAAGUGGACAGAAGAAGAUAUUGCACCAUAUAUUCAAGACUUAUGUGGAGAGAAGCAAACCAUAGGUGCAUUACUCACUAAGUAUUCUCGUUCUUCAAUGCAAAAUGGUGUUAAAGUGUAUAAUUCAAGAAGACCCAUUUCCUAAAAGAACCACAGACUUUUCUUUGGCACUUUGGGCUUUAUGAAGUUCCUGUAUAUAAGAAAAGAUUCUCUUAUGUAUUUUUAUUCCUGACUUUCUAAAAAAAGUUCUCUACUGCAUUUUUCUCUUCAUCUUAAGGCAUUUUGAAACUACUAUUCUUAUUUCUUAAAUGUAAUACUUCUGUAUCUUUCACAUCACAUUUGUACUAUGUAAACAGUGUAAACAAAGACAAAAGAAA